AUGAGAGAUCGGUACAUCAAGGAUCAAAUUUGGAAAAUUGAUCCAAAUUCCAUUAUGUAUAACAAUACAGAGUAUGAUACUUUUGUCAUUGAUUCCAAUUAUACAAACAGAUUCAAUUUAAGAAUUAAUAUCCUUAGAAAUAAAACAGCUCAUAUCAAACUGUCCCCAGCAGAGAAAGAAUCAUUUAAUAGAUUUGAUAUCGAACACGAGCCCACAAUCAUUGAUCAAGGUUUUAUUUCUAAUUAUUCAGAAAUUGAAGUAACAAGAGAUGACGUUAAAUCCACAAUUUCCUCAUCCAACGCCAAAGUUGUAGUUAAACACAAUCCAUUUUCAUUAAUUAUUAACGAUCAAAAUGGAGAAGCAAUUGUGCUCAAUAUCGACAAUUCAUUGGUCUUUGAGACGAAGAGAAGCAAAGAGAAAACCCCGGAAUUAUUCAAGGAGAAUUAUUUCGGUGGAGUCACAGAUGUUUUCAAGAACGGACCAACAUCUGUUGCCAUGACUUUCCGCUUGAAAGGUAAGGAAACAAGACUCUCUGGACUUCCUGCUCACACAUUACCAUUGUCUCUUGAAAACACAACUGAACCAAUUCGUUUCUUCAACACUGAUAUCAAUGAAUUCGAAUUGAAUAGUGAAAUGGCAAUGUAUGGAUCGGUUCCUUUACUAUUCAUGCAUUCAUUGGAUAGAUCUAUUGGUGUUUUCUGGUCUAAUCCAUCAGAAACGUUCAUUGACAUCAUGAAUUCACAAGAUAGAUCAUAUUCAGAUGCAAGAUUCAUGUCAGAAGGCGGAUUCAUUGAUGUUUACGUCUUUUUGGGAGAUCCAUGUGAAGUCUCUGAUAGUUAUACACAAUUAACUGGGAGGCCUCAAUUAACACCAAUGUUUGCCUUAGGUUUCCAUCAAUGCAGAUGGGGAUACAUGACUCAAAGCGAAAUUGAAGAGAUCUCAUCAAAACUUGACAAUUUCGGAAUCCCUCAUGAUGUCAUGUGGUUAGAUUUAGAUCAUGUUGAUAACAGGAAGUAUUUCACAUUCAGAAAACACAACUUCCCUGAUCCAAAGAAGAUGUUGAAGAACUUAGAGAAAGAUGGAAGAUAUCUUGUCGCAUUGUCUGAUCCUCACAUGGUUGCUGAAAAUGAUUAUUAUCUUUACAAAGAAGCAAAUUCAAAUAACUAUUUGGUUAAGACAAGAGACAAUAAUGUUUAUUUCGGAAACUGUUGGCCAGGUAGAUCCGUUUGGCCUGAUUACUUCAAUCCAGCCGUUCGAGCAUGGUGGGAAACAUUGUAUUCAUUCAAACAUUACAAAGAAUCAGCAAGAAAUUUGUAUCCUUGGAAUGAUAUGAAUGAAAUCUCUGUUUUUGAUUCUCCUGAUAACACAGCUCCUAGAGACCUAAUUCAUUACGGCAACCUUGAAGAAAGAGAAGUUCACAAUGCUUACGGACACUUAAUGGUAAGUUCAACAUGGUGCUGUCUUAGAAAGAGAACAAAACAACCAAUGAGACCUUUCAUUCUUUCAAGAUCAUUCUUUGCAGGAAGUCAAAAAUACAUUUACACUUGGAUUGGUGAUAAUGUUGCAAGCUAUGAACACAUGAGAAAUUCUUUGCAAAUGAUGAUGUCAUUCGGUCUUGGUGAAAUGAUUUACACUGGAGCAGAUGUUGGCGGCUUCUUCAAUUCUCCUGAUGAAACACUUUUGAGUCGUUGGUUUGCAGUUGGUGCAUGGAUUUAUCCUUUCUUCAGAGAACAUUGCCAUCAUCUUUCAGAGUACAGAGAAGUCUACAAACUCAAAGAAGAAGCCAGCAGAGAACUCUCUAAAACAGCAAUUCAUGAGAGAUAUAAGAUAUUACCUUAUUGGUAUACACUUGCUCGAGAAGCAAAUCUCACAGGUAAACCAAUAAUUCGUCCUAUGUGGUAUGAGUUCCCUCGAGAUGAAAAAGUUCUUGAUGUCUAUGACCAAGUUAUGCUUGGAAGUGAUUUAUUGAUUGUUCCAUUCUUGGACAAAGGGCAAACAGACAGGAAGUUCAUUAAACCAAAUUCUACAAAAUGGUAUGACUUCAGAACAUUGCAAUUAUAUGAUUCUGAUGUCGCCAAAUACAUUGAUGGUAAUACAUUGGUUUUAAUGAAGGCAGGUACAAUAAUUCCAAUGAAAUCAAGAAUCCGCAAGUCAGCUAAAAUGAUGUUUUACGAUCCAUUCACAUUAGUCAUUGCUCUUGAUGAAAAAGGAUUUGCUCAAGGAAAAUUAUAUGUUGAUGAUGGUGAAUCAGAAGAAUUCGAGAAAGGCAGCUUCGUUUACAGAGAAUUCACAUUUGAAAACGGAACACUCAUCAACAGAGCUGUUCCACCACGAACAAUGAAUAAGUUUGGCUACAAAUACGAUGUCACAAUCGAAAGAAUCAAGAUUACUGGAUUGAAGGAACCGAAAUCAAUCAAAGGACCAAAAGGAAGAAUUGAUUUUGAUUACGAAGAUUCAGUCUUAACAAUCAGGAAACCAAACCUUCUCAUUCGUGAUGAUUGGUCAGUUGCCCUCGAGUUCGAUAACAAUCAAUAUAUCGACUCCAAAGAAAUUUAA